AAGCAGAACAAGUGCACAAGAGACACGAUAUCCCGGAAGGAAACCGCACAAAAAGCUUCUUGUCUCUCUUCGCUGUUGCUUCCAAAGAUUUGAUCAUUCUUUUGUUGCUGUUAGUGUUAGAGCACCGAAUUGUUUGUGCGGGGAGAUCAGAAGAUCCAAAAGAUAGUACAGAGCGGAAUAAUAAAUCCUUUUUGGCGAGAUUCGCGUGGGGAGUUGGGUGUUAGGACCACUCAUAAAUUCCGCCUGUUCUUUCAGAUCUGCUCCGUGCUCUUCUCGCUUUUGCAACUGCAAGAACGACUUCUCCCCUCCAGGACAGGGCAACUGCUCCCGCUCCUCGAGCUCGAGUUCUGAGAGAAAAAUCUUUCUUGUUAUUCAUUCAGUUCAUUUCCCCUGGAAAAGACUGAAUUUUUGUUUAGGAGUUUGUUGUUCGUGUUGACUUCACUCUUUGUGAGUCCAGUCCCAUCCCAGGGGAGGGAGGCUGUUCUUGAAUCCCACCCUGCUGGAGCAGAAAUCGGUUUAAUCAGCUCAGGUCGGCUGUUGCUCAACUCUGCCGAUUUGUUCUGACCCACUCCUCCGAUGGGCAACGCGUUCGCGUCGUGCAUGUCGGGCAAGCAGCACCGGGGCGCGGCCCUGGCGUCGCGCAGCAAGCGGAUGGGGAGCGCACGGACGCCGCGGGGCGGGGCCGCCAAGCUGACGCCGGCGGAGGAGGAGAUGCUGCACCGCCAGGCGCUCGCCAUGGCCAUCCACCAGCACCUCGACGCCGGCGGCUCCAUGUCGCGCCGCAUCGACGCCGGCGGUGCCUCCAUGUCCCGCCGGAUCGGCCCUGGCAACACCAGCUCCCGCCGACACGGCGGCCUCCCGGACUCCGUCACGAAUGCCAAGGCUGUCCAAGUUGUUUUAGAGAAUUUAGAAACCAAGAAAAUCGUUCUUGUCCAUGGGGAAGGAUUUGGCGCUUGGUGUUGGUACAAGACCAUCUCUCUCUUGGAGGAAGCUGGUCUUGACCCUGUUGCCUUAGACCUAGCAGGUUCUGGCAUAGACCACACUGAUGCAAAUAGCAUAGCUACGUUGGAAGAGUACUCAAAGCCCCUAAUUGAUUACCUCCGUGAACUCCCUGAGAAUGAGAAGGUAGUUUUGGUCGGUCAUAGCUGUGGAGGUGCAAGUGUGUCAUAUGCCUUAGAACACUGCCCAGAAAAGAUCUCAAAGGCUGUAUUUCUUACCGCCACAAUGGUAAAGGAUAGCCAGAAGCCCUUUGACGUGUUCUCUGAAGAACUUGCAUCGGCAGAUGUUUUCUUGCAAGAAUCACAGUUUUUACUGUAUGGAAAUGGGAAGGACAAGCCUCCAACUGGGCUCAGGUUUGACAAACAGCAGAUCAAGGGGUUAUAUUUCAACCAGAGUCCUUCUAAGGAUAUCGCACUGGCCGCUGUGUCCAUGAGGCCCAUCCCCUUAGCCCCAAUCAUGGAGAAACUCGCCCUCACCGCAGAGAAGUACGGCACUGUCCGCCGCUACUUCAUCCAGACGCUUGACGACCACAUGCUGUCGCCUGACGCCCAGGAGAAGCUUGUCCGGGAGAACCCGCCUGAUGGGAUCUUCAAGAUAAAGGGCGGCGACCACUGCCCCUUCUUCUCGAAGCCACAGUCCCUUCACAAGAUCUUGGUCGAGAUUGCACAGAUCCAAGCUCCGGCAACGCUGUUGCCGGGUAAAGCCAUUUCAGAAGAAGUAGAAGAAAACGCGGAGAAAUCAUGACUGCCAGAACGUCAUGUAUGUACAUGAAAUGAGUAGCACAUAGGUCGCAAUUGGCAAAAGGAGAUACAGGGGGUAAUCGGAAUCAGCCACUCUGGCAGUCAGCCACAGAGCAGAAUAAAAUGUAGUUAGUUGAAGAGAUGUUCCUUUUUUUCUUUUGUAACGAUUAAGUAUAGUGGAUGGGCCUGUGAGAGAUGUUUUUACCAUGUGCAUUAUAUCUUCAGUCAUCAUCAGAAGUUCA